CUGACUAAGCGGGCACCAUGGCUGCUCAGAAAGAUCUGUGGGAUGCCAUCGUGAUUGGGGCGGGCAUCCAGGGCUGCUUCACUGCCUACCACCUGGCCAAAAACAGGAAGAGGGUUCUCCUGCUGGAGCAGUUCUUUCUACCGCAUUCCCGAGGAAGCUCCCAUGGACAGAGCAGGAUAAUCCGAAAGGCCUACUCUGAGGAAUUCUAUACCCAGAUGAUGGACGAGUGCUACCAGCUCUGGGCCCAGCUGGAGCGUGAGGCUGGAACCCAGUUGCACAGGCAGACUGGACUACUGAUGCUGGGAAUGAAGGAGAAUCCAGAAUUAAAGACAACCCAGGCCACUCUGUCUAGGCAUGGGAUAGAACACAAGUGUCUUUCAUCUGAGGAACUGAAGCAAUGUUUCCCAAAUAUUCAGUUGACCAGAGGAGAAGUGGGGCUCUUGGACAAGUGUGGAGGUGUUCUCUAUGCAGACAAGGCCCUCAGAGCCCUCCAGGACGCAGUCCGACAGCUAGGAGGCCGACUGCACGAUGGAGAGAAGGUGACGGGGAUACAACCAGGGCUACCGGUCGUCGUGGACACCACUGCCAGCAGCUACCAAGCCAAGAGCCUGAUCAUCACAGCAGGUCCUUGGACCAACAAGCUCCUCCGUCCCCUGGGAAUUGAGCUGCCUCUCCAGACCCUGCGGAUCAACGUGUGUUACUGGCGAGAGAAGGUUCCUGGGAGCUAUGGUGUGUCCCAGGCCUUUCCGUGCUUCCUGGGCCUGGGCCUGGCUCCCCACCAUGUCUAUGGGCUGCCCGCAGGAGAGUAUCCAGGGCUGAUGAAGGUCUGCUAUCACCACGGCAACAACGCAGACCCCGAGGAGAGGGACUGCCCCACGGCAUUUUCAGACAUGCAGGAUGUCCAAAUCCUGUGCCGCUUUGUCAGCAAUCACUUACCUGCCCUGAAACCCGAGCCUGCCAUCAUGGAGCGCUGCAUGUACACGAGCACCCCCGAUGAGCACUUCAUUCUCGACCACCACCCAAAGUACAACAACAUCGUCAUUGGUGCUGGAUUCUCUGGGCAUGGAUUCAAGCUGUCUCCUGUUGUGGGGAAGAUCCUGUAUGAAUUAAGCAUGAAAUUAACUCCAUCUUAUGAUCUGGCACCGUUUCAAAUCAGUCGCUUCCUUGGCCUGGGCAAAGCCCACCUUUGACCCCCGGCCAGCAGCCACCCUUCUGUGCAGAGGAGCCUUCUGCUGGGGAAGACACUUCAGAUGAAGCAAGUGGCCGUGAGAUGUGAUUUCUUCUGCCUCUCUUCAAUCCCCACAAACACCAGAUGAUUGAGUCUACCUUCUUUCCCCAGCCUGCUCCCCAGUCCCAACUACUUUCUUGUUCCUAGAAGGUCGAUCAGAUAUUCUAUAAUCACAGAGCGGCAAGGACCAUUGAGAUGGAUGUCUCAAUAAGGAGGGGGCACAAGGACUGGCUCAGGAGACCAAAGCACUGGUUAAAAUUCACUUCACUGGGACAUCUGAUGAAUUUAGGAUGGAUCUGACUAAAUCUGCUCAGGGGACGAUACGUAAGAUGUUCUCUUGUAGAUCACUACUGACUGCCCUUGUAGUUCCUUUUCUUAGAACUAGGGCUACACUUCAUCACAAACACCAUAAAAUCUGGCUCAUCUUAGGUGCACAGUAAAUAUUUGUUGAAAAGGCUUUGUUGAACAAACAAGUAAAUAACUGCAUUGCAUUCGA